GAAAGGGAAAAGAAAAAUACUUGUUUUUCUAGCUCUGUGUCUAGAAGUUAAAAUCUUCCAAUUUAUUUUCUGGCUUUAGGUGGGGAUUUUAUUUCAGAGGUGUUACUCACUCUAUGUCUGAAAAGACGAGCUGUAUCCAUGAGUGCUUAAUAGUGGCUGCUUGCCAGAGAACCCUGUAACUCACCCUGCACUGUCUCCAGAAUAUAAAACCUGUGCUAGAGGCCUGCAGGGAAGAGAGGACAUUUUGUCUGGUUUCUCUGCUUGACUUUGGAACUACCUAAAGCAGCCUCUUACAAGGGCUGUUUGUAUCCUUGCCAUGAGCAGGCAGUAGGAGUCACAGGGUUCACAUGGCCUCCUUACCCUUUUUGCAUCACUUUCUUUGAAGGCACCAGUCUGCUUCUCCCUGUCUGUGCUAUUCCAAGAAGAAGAUACGUACAGCCAGAGGUGCACAACAUUCACUUCUGGGACUAUUGACCUGCCUUUGUACUUAUUAAAGUUUCAUUGGAUGUGAUUGCCACAUGAGUUCCUCAAGGACAAUGGACCCUAAAAUGAGAGAGGCUGAAGGAGAUGGAGAAGACAAUUCAGGAAAGAAAAAAUCAAAGUUCAAAUCUUUCAAAAAGUUUUUUGGCAAAAAGAAAAGGAAAGAGUCGUCAUCUUCUGCGAGCAGCAGUCUGAAGCUGUGCCAGUCAACAAAUGAUGUCGCGGCCUCUCAUGACACACGCACUAGUUAUGAUUCUGAAGAUGAGCUUGAGACACAUAAAGGCAUUAUGGGAAGCAGAGCUUUGUCACAUGAUAGCAUUUUCAUCCUGGAGACUGGGCAAGAGCCUGCAAGGCCAGUAAGAGUGUUUUCUCAAGAAAACAUUUCUGAUCGGAUUAGAGCUUUACAGCUGAAACUCCAGCCUACCAUGAAAUUGGGACCUCCGCCUCCAUUUGGACUUCAUGCAAAGAGAACAGAGGAUGCUGGGACCAGUUCUGAAGAUGAUGGAUUACCCAGGAGCCCUCCAGAAAUGUCUUUGCUUCAUGAAAGCCUAAGCUCAGGCAUGAGAACAAGAUUCUCUGACUCUCACAGGCACCUUAGCUCUUUGAGUUUAGCUGGAACAGGCAGUGAAGAAGAAGAACAGAUUACAUUGGGUUCUUCUAGGUCUCACUCCACAGACGGCCAGCUGUUCCUUAGGCACGGAAGUAGCAAAGCUGGGUCUCCCCGGACAUCUGACAGCACCAUCUCCCCUACAGCCAAUUUUGACACUCCACCUGAGCUUUCUGCUUUCUUGGAUAAUUCUGCUGCUAAGCAUAAGCUUUUAAUAAAACCCCGGAACCAGAGAUCCAGCAGAAUGAGAAAAUUUUCUCAGAGGACCCAGUCUGAAUCUCUGACUGAUUUGAGCUGUACCCCAGAGGAAGACGAAGAGGAUGAUGCUGUAUUCAAGCCCAGCAAUCAAGAACUGCCAUGCAGCCCAGCUGCAACACAGGAUGUGGCUUUCUGGCCAAAGCCCAAAAUGCCUGAGGACCACCCCCCUGCUCUGAGACCAGUGGUGACUCAGCCUGCUUCCGAGCCUGCUGAUGGACAGGAAACCCUGCUAGCAGAGAAUCAGACAGAGGACUGCCAACCAGCCCUGGAAAUGACGUGUGAGGAGCCUGAGUCCUCACUGCCAUCAGAAGGCAAAGACUCUGCAAGUUCUUCCUAUUCCAGUUCAGACAGAGGAGCACAAAAGCAAGAAGAUUCCUCAGAAACUCUGGUUCUGUUGUCUGGAGACGGGUCAAUCAAUAUUGUAAAUCAAGAAAAUAAGGAUCUUCCUACUGUGUUCCCAUUAAACAAAUUACCUUCUGAAGAAAAUAUUUCAAUUAGUAAGAAUAGUAUUGUUUGCUUGGGAAGGUCAGAAGAAAAUAAGCAGAAGGAUGAUCAGGUACAUGUGGAAAUGCCCUGUAAUAAAGGGACAGACAAAGAGUUUACUCUAUUGUCAGGGUCCAGCAAGGAGUGUUUCAUGGGUUCUUCCCAGCCCACAGACUCAUUGCAUGUUUCACAUCCUGCUUCCUCAAUGCAGAUGGGAUCACCUACUUUCGGCUCUCUAGAGAAAAUAAAGACUGCACAGGAGGCAGCUGCUUCUGAGAAGGAGAACAAGGAGGAACAGUUGGGGAAGAAAGCUGAAAAAGCAGUUAAUGAACUCAAUGCCUUCAAAAAGUUUUCUGUUUCCUCUGCACGGGAGAGACCAAGCACCAGAAGCUUGUAUUUCCCAGAAAGAUCAGAGUUGGAAAGCUCAUUAAAUACUGGAUUCUUCCUGUCCAAAGCAAAGGUCUCCUCAAGAAAUGAGAAGUGGCAAGAUGACUUCCAGAAGGGAUCAGAUCUGGACAAGGAAAAAAGUAGCAGCAAAAAGGAAACUUUGCUGCCAGAAUCCUACUCUGAGAACACAGGCCAAUCUACAGAAAGUUUGGCUGGUUAUAUUUCCCCAGCUGUUGAUGAAGUACCAAUGCCAAACAAUUCUUCAGCGGUAUCUCAGAAUCAGCCAAGUUUUAAAGAUAAAAGUCCUUUUCAAGUGAAACUUAGAUCCACCUCACUGUCCUUGAAAUAUGAAGACAACUCACCAGCAGAAUCAAAAGGGAUUAAAAGAUACAGUGCAGAAUUUAAUUUAGAAAAUGAGGGAUUGCCUUCUUUUCUAAGAGGUGAUAAGGCAGAGAUCAGAAAAACAGCCAAUACAAAUACUGGUGAUUCUUUAAAUGAGAAGAUCAAACCCAAAGCAAAGUCCUCUGAGCAGCUUAGUUGCAAACCACCAUUGCCUAAAAAGCCAGUGUUGCAAAGCAUAACCAUUCCAAACACUGCUGCAAGCAAGGAGAAGCAGGACAAAGCUAUUCACUCUCCUGAAUCCAGAAAUGAAGACAGAGACCUGGAGAAACAGUCAACUGCUUGUAAAGUGCCUGAGAAAAGUGUGUCUUCCCCCACGGCUGCAGGAGACCCUGGAAAAGAUCCUGACACUCCUACAGAGCCAGCCUGGAUUUCCAUUGCAAGGCAAAAGCAGAGGGGCAUGCACCAGGAGAAGGAACUCGACAGAGGAAAGCUCCUGGCUCCAGAUAAUGAGUCAAACACAGAGAAACAGAAUAAAGGAAAGGAACAAACAGAGGGGGCAGUGAAACAACAAUGGAGUAAACCUUCACACGUGGCACCUAAAACCACUUCUGAAGAGCAGAGGAAAGACAUAAAGUCUGAAACAAAGUGCCUGCUGAGAACCAAUUCAUUGUCACAUUGUGUCCCUGUAGCUCCAUCACCUGCACUGGUGGAUAAGGAGGAAACAAGCCACUUGAAGAAAGCCAGUAAUGCUGCUCCCAGUCAGCCAUCGUGGAUGGAGCUGGCCAAAAAGAAGUCUCAAGCUUGGAGUGAUAUGCCGCGGAUUAUAAAAUAGAACCAUGCAAACAAGGAGCAUCUUUCACAACUACUUGACUGAACUCCUACAGACCAGCAAAUCACAGUGAAGAAUCUCUUGAUACAGAAGGGUUUUAUUAUGCAGCUGUGGAGAAAGUGUGCAAUAGGUGCAGUCAAAAAGUUUACCUUCAAUUUUGUAGCAAUCAGAAUUGCAAUAGCAAUGGAUUACUUAAAUUAUGCUAAGGAUGUACUUACACUUUGGAAAAUAAAACUUUUGCCUUAUGUAUUUCCUGCAUUUUCUGCUUUUACUGAUGUUUGUAUCCAAACAGGAUCUUUGCUAAACUUUGCUGAACUUCUGUUGUUGCUGGAAAAUUCUAUUUGUUACGGUUUUCUCUGUUUACAGAUAUAAAUUGUGCCCUUACAUCCUGAUUCUCUUGAUGUGUUUCACUGGAAUCACGGGACACGCUUUCUGCCAAAGCCUUUAGGCCCACAGAGAUACUCCUGAAUAGCUGCUAGUGAGUGCUCCAUUAGAAUGUGUUGCUUGAACUUCAGGUUUGCCUAGCUAAGCCACUGGUACAGUUUCUGGGGUUAGGUUGCAUUUUGGGAGGCACAAAUAUGCACAUUUAUGUGUGAUCAUAAAAAAAAUUCUCCUUUCUUUCUGUGAGUAGCCUGGGUUGCACAGUGUUUUCAAGCAGACAAACAGUAAGGAAAUGGAACUGCAGUUGGAAACUCAUCAAUAUAUUCACAGUUACUUUCCUACCUGGGUUCAUCUGGCUGCAACUGGCUUUCCUUCCUGUGGAACCUCAUGCCCAGUCAGGAAGAUGGUAUUAGUAACAAUGGUCAAUAUGAAUUUAAUUAAAAAUUAAGAACUGAAAAUACUGGAGCUAAAGUUCAAACUGAAAUGCUGGGGAAAACUGUGAAUUUCAUCACAGUGCCAGCUUCACAUAUCACCCCCCACAUAAUCUUAAUUCCUCUCAUUAAAAACCAGUAACAUACAGAUGGCAUGUCUGUACUUGACUACCUUUAUGUAACAUCCUCGUGCUCAUUGGCCUGAGCCUCCCCCACCAGUUUGUGACUCCCACUCAUGAAGUCUCAGCUCUUCACCUUUGCUUGUUUAACAAGAUUGACAAGAUAAAUCAUUUACUGCUGAUUGACAGAAACUACUCUGAACAUAUUUUAAGACUUCCCUAUGAGUUACAGAAGCAAAGGACAAACCCUGUGAUGCCCCACUGCUAAGACAAGCAUUUCAUUUUGUGUAUGCAUGAGUGAAGUACUACCUUAGCACUGCAAUCCCUAGGUUUAUUUAUGUUUAUAUUAAUGGUUUUGUUUUUAUUAUCACAUUACAUUCUCUUUGGAAAAAUGUGGGGACACUUUAGGAAACAUAGGAUUUUCUAGCACCUGUGUUUGCAGUUUUGAAAUCUUGUCUUCUCUACAGAGACAAGAAGGAAAACCUGAGCCCUCUUGGUAAUGACAACUGCAUUUAGUAAUGAAUAAAGAAAUAGAGAGCUGAACACGUGAACAUCCAAGAUGCUGUUAAAGGCUUUCAGUCAGGUUGUCUUCCAUUGUUAAAAACAAGAGGAGGAAGAGCUAGUUUUAUGUUUGCAGAGCUUAGGACAGAGCCAGUGAGCCUGCACUGCUGUUGGGCUCAGCCUGCAUGGCUGCUGGGGUCGUGGAUGGGCCCAGACCUGCUGCAGCCCAUCGCAGAGCUGUCAGCAGCCCCGACCCAAACAGGGUUCUGCUGCUGUCCCGACCCAAACAGGGUUCUGAUGCUGUCCCAUUCCUGCACAUGGCAAGAGGCAGUGGGAGAUACCUGCUGAAAUCACCACAGCUCUCUGUCAGACAGAUCCACAGCAGAAAUGGUAACUUAAUUACAGGACAUGCAGCCUUGGGCUCAAUUGCCCGAAGGUUGGUUGUGCAAAAAACUUUCACACUUCUCCCCCAUGAGCAAGCAUGCACAGUCCUUAAUCUCAAGUGAUAUUUUUUUUUUUUUGUUUUGGUAUUAAUAUUCUAGGACCUACAUUAGAAAUAUACACAUUUUUGAGAUACAUUAAAACUAUCUUAACACUCUCUCUUUUCAAACACCCUUUCUGAAAUAAAUAAAUUAUUAGCAAAAAGUGUAAUGUUAUUACCUUUUGCAGCAAUCUUGAAAAAAACCCCAAUUUCUCUAUUCAAGGAAUAUAACAUAUAAAAAAAGACCAAAUUUGUACCCUCUAAUUAUUGCCACCCCAUGAAAAGGUUCCCAGGAAAUAUAGUUAAAGGUACGUUCAGUCUUCUUACAAUUCCUUCUCUUUUGAAACAAUUAAAACUGCAAGAACUUUUGCAAUCAGUGGUCUUCUUCACAUUCUCCCACCACUGCAAUGGCCUUGGCCUUUUUGCAAGAAAAGCCACUUGGCUACUUGAACCUCUGAUAUGACAGCCAGGGGAAUUUUUAUUUUCUGAUAGUGUUGUUCUGUCUCCAGAUCUCUAAGACAAAGGGUCAUGCAAGUAGGACUUGCUACAGGUGUUCUGCAGCUGGUAGGCAGAAAAUAGUUUUCAAACUCAUGUAUUUUUCUUUGGUGAAAUGGCUCAUUUGUGGAAAUAGAAAGAUGCAAAUAAAAAUAUAGUUCUCUCCCCUGUA